AUGGAUCCAGUCAGUUUCGCCGUCGGAAUCAUUGGUCUUGCAGGGCUAUUCAGCACCUGUUUAGAUGUCGUGGAAAGAUUGAAUUCCUUCAAGGAAUUCGGCAACGAGUCUCGUGCUGUAAAGGCCCAAUUCAAGGCGCAAAGCCUUCGAUUGCAAAAAUGGGGCCAAGCAGUGGGAUUUCAGGGAGGUACCCUGAUGGAGAGCCAUAACAGACAACUAGAUGAUCCACGGACCUUCUCAAUUGUUGAGGAACUGCUUUCUGCAAUUAGAGGAUUUGCUGCUUCUGAAGAUGGUGCCACAGCGGCACCCGAAUCUUUCAUGGAGCACCAACAGUCUUUCCGGGAUAAACUAUGGAUGAGACAAAAUCGUCCGACCGCCCCGCCUGAUUCGAAGCGGGAAAAGAUCGGCUGGGCGCUGAGGAACAAGGCGCGGAAGAUGGCUCAAGUCGGCCAAUUUUGUUCUCUUGUGGAUCAGCUUCAUAGCUUGAUUCCUGUCUCGAUGAGACAAGAUGAAGAUGGCCUUGCAAAAAUUGUAGAGUCGGGUCGAGGCGAUGAUAGCGCCAUCGAUAGAGGGAGAUGGAUUGCAGAAUUUGGACAGAUUUUGAGUAGCAUCGAAAAUGAAAUUGAAGGUUUGUUGCUUGUUUCUUCAUCUUCACCUUGGCUUUCUUACUUAAAGACAACAGAUGAAAUAAAACGUCAUCUCCAUCCAUGGUUACUUGGAUCUGAUCCUCAAAACGAGCUUUUUGAAAUAUCAGCCAGCAAAAGGAUUGGGGGUACCUGUGAAUGGCCUCUAAGUCGCAGUUGGUUCCUGGAUUGGUCUUACUCGGACUUUCCUAGCCACCGCGCAAAAAUGCUUUGGAUAAACGGCACUGCUGGUUUUGGAAAGUCUGUCUUAUGUGCAAGAAUCAUCGAACACAUGACUGCAAUUUCAAAGAGCCCAGUUGCGCACUUUUUUUUCUCAUCUGACUUUGAAUCCCGAAGGGAUCCUUUUAUUGCUAUGCGAUCCUGGAUUUCUCAAUUGAUGUCCCACAGUACAGCAUUUGCCUUAAUCCGCCAGAAAGAGUCUGCAAACCAAAACCAAAGAUCGUCUCGGAGUGAUAUAGUCCAGCUUUUUCAGGAGAUAGUGACAAACAUCCCCCAAUGUACAUUCAUCAUUGAUGGCCUGGAUGAAUGCAGCUGGGUUUCUGAGGGGCGACAAACUGACGACAGCGAUUCGGUAUUUAAUUUCUUCGAGGCACUCACUUCCGCAAUAAAAGGCACCCAGACACGAAUUCUCAUCGUGAGCCGAGAUGAACCCGAGAUCCGGAAUUGUUUUAACAAUGAGAACGAGCGCAACAUUGAUGUUUAUUGCUACAAGAUCAAACCCGAUGAUGUCCGCUCCGAUACCGAGGCAUACUCACGCAGCAUUGUCAAUAAAAAGCUCUCAAAUCGUGCCGAGGCCACGAAAGAGGAUAUUGCCAUGAAGCUGUCUGAUCGCUGUAAUGGGCAAUUUCUGUGGGUCAAAAUGCAAGAAGACUGUCUCCGCAGUGGUAAGAGCCAGAAGAAGAUCGAAGAAACUAUCAACUCCACGCCAGCUGGCCUCGAGCACAUAUACGAGCGCAACUGGCAGAAGAUCUCACGGUUUAGUGAGGAAGAUCGGGAAAGAACAAUUUCUCUGUUGCGCUGGGCAGCUUUUGCUUUGAGGCCACUGACCGUCAAUGAAAUGACCGGCGCGGUCCUAGUCAGCAGUGACAGCGAUGAAGUGCAGCUUGAUGACUUGCCGGAUAAUGUUGAUGAGGAUUACAUCAAUACAGAGAUCUUAGGUCUAUGUGGAUCACUUAUUGAAAUCCGGAUUCCCCAGAAGGAUUCACAUGUUGGGCUGAGAACGGUCCACUUGGCACACUUUUCGGUGAAGCAAUACUUGCUUUUCAAUCUUCCAACACAAGGAAAACCCCUGCAAAUGAAUUCGAUGUCAAAAGGAGAAGCGGAAGUGGUACAAAGCACAAUCCUUGCCAGAUUAUGUCUUUGUUUCAUCGAUUAUCAACAUGUUUGGACCGAGAACGCCGAUGAAAACGAAGACACAAGCGCUCUGACUGCCUUUCGAAAUUACGCCGCUGGUGCUUGGUUCAAGCAUGCCUCUCUCGGUAAUUUGAAGGACGAGAAGUUUAUCAAUCUUGUGAACCAGCUUUUUGACACUGCAAACCCCAGCUGGGGCCCAUGGAAGACCUGGUUUGAUCUAAAUUAUGAAGAUGGUGGCAGAGGGGGGAGUGAGGGAACAGAUUCUGACAGUGAAGGAACAGAUUCUGACAGCGAAGGAACGAGUGAGACCUCAGAUAUAGAAGAGGAAUUAUCUGGCCAAGAAAUUCCACCCGGUCAAGAUGGAUCGCAUUGCGAAAACACCUCAGAGAAUCCAAUAUACUACGCAGCAUGUCUUGGUCUGACCGAAACCAUGAGCCCUCUGAUCCAGAAGGACAAGAGAAGGAUCAACGAUAAAGGCAAUGCGGGACGCACGGCACUAGUGGCAGCUUCUGGAAGAGGUGAUCUGCAGAUUGUCCAGAUACUACUCGACAAUGGAGCCGAUCUGACAAUUAGAGAUGAUGAAGGACACACGCCACUCACCAUGGCUUCCUUGAAUGGAAACUACGAAGUAACUAAGCUGCUCCUUGACAAGGAAGCUGACAUUCAAUCCUCGACGGCUAGCCUGAUGACUCCACUUCACUGUGCUAGCGUCAAUGGGCACCUCGGAAUUGCCCAGCUUCUUCUCAAUCGGGGAGCUAAUAUCGAGGCCCAAAAUAAAAUCAAACAGACCCCAUUAAAUGCCACAGUAUCCUCCGGCCAUCUGGAGCUGACUAGGCUGCUUCUUGUCAAUGGUGCGGACAGUACAACACCCGACGAUAUGGGAAGAGUGCCAUUUUACACUGCUGCGCGACAAGGAUCGAUUGAACUUGUUCAAUUUCUGUACGAAUAUGGUCCAGAUAUCAACGUUUCCACGCAGACUUAUCAGUGGACGCCUAUAAAUGCAGCUUCAUCUGAUGGACACAUUGAAGUCGUCGAGUUUUUGAUCGAAAAGGGCGCAGACAUAAACAAACCGAAUGUCGAUCUGGAGACACCGGUAAUCGGAGCAGCAUCAGGCGACCAUUUAGAAGUACUGAAGGUACUGGUUGAGAAUGGCGCAGCCAUUGAAGCGAUCGACCUUGCUUCCCUCUCUGCUCUGCAUCACGCCACGUCUAAUAAUUCCUUACCGGUUGUGAAUUAUCUCCUUGAAAAGGGUGCAAAUGUAGAUGCGCAAAGAAAGCAGGGUUGGACAGCAUUGACUUGGGCGGCUGACGAUGGAUAUCUUGAAAUCGCUAAGUUACUCAUUAAGCACGGGGCAAAGCUGGAACUUGCAAACAAUGACGGUACGACACCUUUAUACGCGGCAACACUGAAUGGUCACUCGGACAUGGUCAAAAUGCUGUUAGAAAUGGGUGCAAAUGUAGAUGCGCAAAGAAAGCAGGGUUGGACGGCAUUGAUUUGUGCAGUUUAUGAUGGAAAUUGUGAAAUCGCCAAGUUACUCAUUGAGCACGGGGCAAAGCUGGAACUUGCAAACAAUGACGGUACGACACCUUUAUACGCGGCAACACUGAAUGGUCACUCGGACAUGGUCAAAAUGCUGUUAGAAAUGGGUGCAAAUGUAGAUGCGCAGAGAAAGCAGGGUUGGACGGCAUUGAAUUGUGCAGUUUAUGAUGGAAAUUGUGAAAUCGCCAAGUUACUCAUUGAGCACGGGGCAAAGCUGGACCUUACAAACAAUGAAGGCUCGACGCCUUUAUAUAUGGCAUCACUGCACGGUCACUUGGACGUGGUCAAAAUGCUGUUAGAAAAGGGUGCAAAUGUAGAUGCCCAAAAUAAAACAGGGCGGACGGCAUUGACUUGUGCAGCUAGUGAUGGAAAUUUUGAAACCGCCAAGUUACUCACUGAGCACGGGGCAAAGCUGGAUCUUGCAAGGAAUGACGGAACGACGCCUUUAUGCAUUGCGUCAGGGGAAGGCCACUUGGACAUUGCAAGGAUCCUUCUCGAAAAAGGCGCAAAUUACCACACUGCCAACAGCCGUGGACGGACACCGGUUAGCUCAGCAUCCUUGAAAGGUCAUGCUGAGGUGGUCCAGCUUCUUCUUACUCAGAGUCCUAUGCCUAGCUUGAAAGAGGCUGAUAAAAACGGAUAUAGCGCAUUGAACUUGGCAGCAUACUAUGGUCAUCUCGAGACGCUGAAUUUACUUCUCGAACACAAUGCCGAUAUUGAAUCCAAGAACAAUGUUGGACAGACACCACUGUUGUCUGCUGUCUGGCAGGGCCAUAUCAAAGUGGUGAAAGUCCUUCUCGCGAAAGGCGCAGAUCAUUUGGUUCAGGAUAAUGCAAACUAUACUGCAAUCAAUGUGGCAUCCGCAAAUGGUCAUACCGAGGUGGUGAAGAUUCUUCUUGCUCAAGUUCCUUCGCCUAGCUUAUCGGCACCAGACAGGAAUGGAUGGACCCCUCUGAAUAAAGCAGCCUACAAUGGUCAUCUUGAAAUAGUCACUUUGCUCAUGGAACAUGGUGCAGAUAUUGAGUCAAAGAGUAACAAAGGAAUGAUGCCAUUGCACUCUGCCAUCAAAAAUGGCCAUACAGAAGUGAUAAGGCUUCUGCUUGCUCAGAAGCCUUCGCCUUUGACAUGGCGGGGGUUUAACGGAGCGACUCCAUUGAUUCAAGCAUCGAUGAAUGGUAAUGUUGAGAUUUUGAAAAUGAUCCUUGAAAAGGGAGCAGAAAUUACAUUAGAGACAAAGGAUAAUGACGGCAUGACACCCAUUAACCUGGCCGCCCUUCUUGGAAGAUCGGAAGGUUUGAAGCUACUUAUCGACAAAGGAGCAGAUAUUAAUACCCAGAGCGACGACGGGUGGACUGCAAUACGCUCAGCCUCAUCAAAUGGGCAUUUAGAGGCUGUCAAAAUACUUUUGGACGGUGGGGCCGAUGUCCACAAAAUGGGAGAUGACCAAUGGACGCCACUUCACGCAGCAGCGUUAAAUCAUGGUAGCCCUGCGGCUCCUGCCGUGGUAGAAUUACUCCUCAAACAUGGGGCCAACAUGAACUUGCUCACCAACAAAGGAAAAUCUAUGCUACACAUAGCCGCAAUAUGUGGCUCCAUGGAGAUAAUAGAACACAUUUUGGAUUGUUCAUAUCUCGAAACUGAAGCUCAAGAUUUCGAUGGCCGCACCCCAUUCUUCCUCGCUGCUCAGAGGGGUCAUGUCAACAUUUUGCAAUUCUUACAGUUGAAGAACGCCUCAAUGGACCAAAAGGACAGAUACGGAGCUACGCCUUUGAUUGCAGCAGUCAAGAAUGGACAUAAAGAGGUUGUGGAAUAUUUGCUUCCAUUGACAAACCAAUCUUCGAUUACUGCUCAGAGUGAGCUCGGUCGCAAUCUGCUCUGGUGGGCCCUUGGAAGUGGAUGUGAGGAGGUAAUAGACCUUGUACGCCAAAGUACAGAAACAGCGAACUCCAACGACAUGGAAAUCAAUUCUCAUCCCCAAUGUUCUUCGGUCAAGUUCGACCCAGAAUCUAGUUGGUGUGAUGUUUGUACCCGAUCCCAAUCAGAAAGCGAAGCCUACCAGGUCUGCACAAUCUGCCCUAAUUUCUUCAUCUGCCUUCAGUGCGUCGGCUUUGGCGCCAAAUGCUUAGAUUCCUCUCAUAUUUGGAGGGACGUGGAAGCUCAACCUGGAUCAUGA